GCCGAGCCAUGUCCCAGCCAGUGACGUGCCAGCCAGUUAGCACAGUUUCACCGGUUACUCUGUCCUCAGAAGGCAGUUGGAGCUCUGGGAGGUACGACUGCUUUUCAGACUGGCCCAUGUGCUGUGUUGGACUUUGCUGCCCAUCAAUCCUGAGCUGCUACAUCUCACACAAAUAUGAAGAGCACUGUUUCCUCGGGAUGGUGCCUGGUGGCAUGACAGCCUUACGGACUCACAUGCGGCUCUCUUACGGCAUUCCGGGCACAGUUUGUAGUGAUGCACUGUCAAUGUGUCUUUGCGGGUGGUGUGAAUUAUGCCGCAUGGCUCGAGAAGUGCACAUCCGUUCUCGGUCUUAAAAGGAAAACCAAGGUAUAAAAAUCUUGACUGAAAAGGGGUAACAGCAUUUUGGAGGCAAGCACUUCUUGCACAUGGGCAGAAAUUGCAAACUGCGAUCCAAGGAACUCUAAGUACCCCUUCCAGCCAUACGUCUAAAGGGAUUCUCGCACUCAGUGCCUAACCGCUUCCUACCUAGAAUACCGCCGUGAGCCCCGCGGGGCCACCUCAUGAAGCUGAUUCGCGGGGGAGCUGCAUGGCGAAAGGAGCGGUUUAUCACCCGCACUUUGGCACUCACUCCCGCGAGAUGCAGUGCUGCCCCGGUGAGACUGGCGUUAAAAGGGGGCUGGGCGUAUUCACGGGGGGGCGCGGCGGCGGCGGCCCGGGGCUGCCUGGCAGGACGGCGCUAUGCCGCGCGGGUCAUGAGCGGAAGGCGGCGAGGCCCCCC